GGUCUGCUGUUUCACAUCCGUCCGUCUGUCUGCAAGGAAAGGAGUGAGCUUAGUACCCAGAAAGUAACAAAUAACGGGAUCAACGGGAUCCGCUGAUAACAUCAGUAUCAGUGGGCGUUGUACUUUCGGAAACCUUCUUUUGAACAGUCCUGGUUACUUUCAGGUGAGAUUUGCGUAGUAAUACAUCACAUGACACUUAAAGAAAGAUGGUUAUUCCUCACUUACCUGCGAUUGGUGCUGUGGUCCUUCCCAACGUUGGAGGAUGGGUGAGCAGUUAUUACAACCGUGAAAGUAUCAAGACCUGGUAUGAGACACUCAAACGUCCAGAUUGGCGCCCACCCAACAAAGCUUUUGGACCAGUAUGGACUAGCCUUUAUUGUGGGAUGGGCUAUGCCUCCUACCUGGUGUGGAAGCAUGGUGAUGGUUUCAGUGGGAUUGCAAAGGGACCUUUAAUUUUAUACUCUACUCAAUUAGCCCUCAACUGGGCCUGGUCACCGAUUUUCUUUGGAGCUCAUGAGUUAAAAUGGUCUCUUGUAGAGAUAGCAGUUUUGGACAUCAAUGUGGCUUUGUGUGCAUUUGCAUUUUAUAAUGUUCACAAACCUGCUGGUCUCUUAAUGUUACCAUACUUAGCUUGGCUGGGCUUAGCAACUGCCCUAAAUUAUGUCAUCUACAGAGAUAACAAAGCUCUCCCAAAAGAAAAGUGAAUCCAAUUUGUCGAUGUGCUGAGUUACACUUGGUGAAAGUAUAUCAGGUGAUCUUUAUAAGGUGUCAGUGCAUUUAGUGAUCAAGACUGUUUGAAUUAUAUUAAAUAUAUUUAAACCA